UUAUAUUACGUACAUAUAAAGUCACUAAUAGACUUCCUGGUGAGCCUAUUACCAUCCGACAAUAUCUACAACGUCCCACAUCAACGAACCCUUGAACUGAACUGUCUCAUCUCUCAAGCGACCCACCUCAUAGACAUCCGGCAUGCUAUAAUUGGCGCCACUACAUACUUGCAGAUUACUAGACAGCCUUGGCCACCACCGCCCCACAUGUUGAAAGACUGGUCCCCCUCCGGUACACCAAACAAGGUCUGA